AUGGGCUCUUACGAGGCUCAAUCGGUCACUUCAACGCCUGCGCCGACUCCACCUCCUCGUCCUGCCUCCCAGCAUCAGCAGCAAACACAAGCACAGCAACAGGCCCAGCAGCAGCAGAUGGUAUACAAUAUGAAUGGCGCUCCCCCCAUGUCCAAUGGAGGCAUGAUGGCUGCUCCAAAUAGUUUUGGCGGGUAUCCAGACCCGAAUGUAUAUCAGCAGCCAUCAAACUUUUACACGAAUGGGGUUAAACCGCAAAUUUACACGGCCGUAUAUUCCAAUGUCUCUGUUUUCGAAAUGGAAGUUAAUGGAGUGGCUGUUAUGCGACGUCGAACGGACUCGUGGCUAAAUGCGACACAGAUCUUGAAAGUCGCCGGAGUGGACAAAGGGAAAAGAACGAAGGUGCUGGAGAAAGAAAUCACGGGCGAACAUGAGAAAGUCCAGGGUGGGUAUGGAAAGUACCAAGGUACCUGGGUCAACUAUCAGCGGGGUCGGGAGUUUUGCAGGCAGUACGGUGUCGAGCAACUUCUGUUACCGCUAUUGGAAUACGACAUCACCUCUGAUGGUAUGUCCGGUAUGCAACAGGGAAUGGAAACGCCGACCAAAGAGCAAGCCAUGGCCGCGCAGAGAAAGAGAUUGUACGGUGGUGAUGGUCGGUCUGUGGGCCAGUCAUCGGGAGGCACCUUUUUCAAAAAUAUGUCCAGCACCGCGGCCAAUGCCAUUCACGCCUUGAACAGAACCCGAUUGGAUUCGCCUAGUCAGAUGGACGGACGACGCUCCAUUGGCCCGCGAAGACAAUCCCAAUCCUUUAACUACGGUCAGGAUACCAUGUACGGUCAGGGAGCCAGUCAACAAAGCAUGCACAGUAUGGCGUCGCAAGAGAGCUUUGGAACAAACGGUGGUGUUAUGAGUCAAGGCGCCAGCUUCGCGGAAUUCCCCGGCACAGAUGCUCAAGAACCUCCCCGAAAACGCAUUCGGCCGUCACCACAGUCCUCAUUUCUUGGUGGCCCUUACGAUGGAUCGAUGGAAUUGGGCCUUCAGGAGGGUACUCCGACCGAACAGAAUGCCUCGUUUUUCUCCCAACCCAGCCAGUCAUUUAUCACGGCCGACCCUCUGUCCUAUGGACUUGAACCCCUCCCACACCCUUCUGGACCACUCGAAGAGCAGAAGAAAGAACUCCUUCUGGAUCUUUUCAUCGAUCCGUCGCGAACCGACUUUGACGACCACCCUGCAUUCCUUCGGCUGAGUGGAGACGAAUUUGAACUUCCGAUUGAUGGGUCGUGUAAUACUGCAUUGCACUGGGCGGCAACCUUGGCUCGAAUUGCGCUGGUAAGAAAAUUGCUCGAAAGAGGCUUCAACAUGAGACGAGCAAACAGUGGCGGUGAAACUGCUUUGAUCGCGGCGUGCCAAGCUCGAAAUAACCUCGACCAGACCAGUUUCCCUGCUCUUUUGGAGCUUCUCGGACCUAGUAUCGAGGUCAAAGACGGGCGUGGUCGGACGUUGCUGCACCAUAUUGCGGUCUCUUCGGCGAUGAAAGGAAGAGCGGCCGUUGGAAAGUAUUACCUAGAGUCCUUGCUUGAGUAUGUGAUUCGACAGGGCACGUCGACGGCGCAACCAUCCAUGUCGUUCGAUGCCAUGAACGGAGUGCAGAGCCAGAAUCAAGGGAAUCCCAUGACGUUGGCGAGAUUCAUGACGGAUAUUGUCAAUGCACAAGACAAGGCUGGGGAUACGGCUUUGAAUCUGGCCGCACGAACCGGCACGACUACAAUCAUCGAUCAAUUAAUCGAAGUCGGGGCCGAUCCUCAUAUAGGAAACCGAGGUGGCCUUGCCCCCGUGGAUUUCGGCGUGGGUGGUCAUGUCAGCAAUCAGAUGCUGGAACAAAGCAUGUCGAUGUACGAACCGCCUCCCCCCGCGAAUGGGUCUUCACAGAAAUCCUUUGAGGAGGCUCAAGAAGGACUCGUGACAUCCAUACGCGAGGUCCUGUCACGAUCCGAGGCUGAUUUUACGAGUGAGAUGAAAGAAAAGAAAGAGAUUCUGGACAAGACCAACGCAGCAUUGAAGGAAUCGGGCACUUCGUUAGCUGAGGAGCGACGACGACUUGACGAGGCUCGAGCCAAAGUCCGAGCGAAAGAAGAGCUAGAGCAGAAAAUCAGCAAUUUACGUCAAGCGGCGGCGAAAGUGCGGGCAGAACUGAGUGAAACGGAUCCGCCGACCACGAUCCAAGAGCACGUUGCGGUAGGCGAAGCUGAUAAAGGACUUGAUCUUGAUGGACAGCUCCCUCUGGUGGCGCAAUUAUUCCCCGAAGGUGAGGUGAACCCAAACAGCGUGGCAUUGACCCAGGAGCAAGGCAAUUUCCUGGGGUGUCUUGAACGAGCAGAAGUGAUGUCUGGCCGAGCCAAGGUAUAUCAGCGACACAACCAGCAACUUGAGCAGAUGGCGAAGACACUCAAGGCUCGAAGUGGGGAACUGGAAGAGCGAUACAAGAAGAUUGUGAGCUUGUGUACGGGGGCAGAUGAAGAUAAGGUGGACGACCUGUUGGAUAAUCUGGUGCAAGCAGUGAUCAGCGAACAGAAGGAGAUGAGCAACAACGCCCAGCUGGGACGAGUGAGGGAGUUCCUCAGGAUGGUGCAAGGGUCGGGGAAUUAG